CAGCAGCCCGCUGAUCGAACAGGAGACAUGGGACCGUGGAGUCACCGAAGGGGGGGGACUCUUCUCAGCGGUUCACCAAAGCAAGUCAAACCAGAGGAAGCCAUGUCCAACAAAACACGCUGAAAGGAGCUUCUACUUUUUCGCCUUUUUGUCCAGUUUCUGCUGAGUAGAGGACCCGCCGUGAGACCACUUAAAUGUCAACUGAAGAAGUUAGCCGUGAGUUUUUGACACCCGGGGCAAAGUGCCACACCUUCGCUUAGCGCAACAGCUCCACGACACAGCGGGCCAAAUGGGGUGCCAAUGCUGCAGGAUGAUAAAAAGCUACAUCUACGACCCCUCUGUGGCGGUGGAUGUGAGGAAGACUGACUCUGCAGGCACCUCGCUCUACCAGCCCCACCACCUCUCAGGCGGGGCCCCUAGCACCGACCCGCUCAACGGCCACAGCAAGCAGAAGGAGGGCUUCCACAACCUGGGCUACAGCAAGUCCAACGACAGCACACUGAAACUAGAGGUGGACAACAACCAUGUCAACCACAGGCUGCACGCAGCACCCUCUGCGAAGGAGCUGCACAGGAAAAGCAGCGCUCCACCAUCAGAGGUGUACAUCAUCCAGCCUGAAGCUCUGGGAACGAGAUGGAUGGUGCAGGAAAAAGGCCCGAGCCAGGUGCCUGUUUACCCCAAUAUACAGGAGUACGAGAACCAGAGGAGUUAUGGUGAGCGGGGACACCGCGAGACAAGGAACAGGUGGGACAGCUCCAUCACUGAGUGUGUGAUUGGCAGCGAAAGCCUGUCAGCGGACGAGACGGACGAGGGCGUGGGAGGGACGCCGGAGUACCCGUGCGACACGGGGGAUGAGGGUAGCGUCCUGUCAGUGGACAUCCACACCAGCACCACGAGCCUGUCCUCGGCCGACACCAGGGACGAGCUCAGACUGGCAAAGACUCCGGACGUUUCCACCGUCGAGAGCGGGAUCUCGGUGAUGAAGAGCGAGGACGAGGAGGAGGCGAGGAACGAGGAGGAGGAGGUGCAGAGUGUUACGGACUCUAUGGUGGCGGAGGCUCUCGCUGCUUUGGAGGCCGCCACCGCCGGGGAGGACUUCGAGUGACAGACCUCUGCACCUUCUCUCGCUCAUCACCCAAAAACUUUGACCUGAAUGUGACUUGACUGAGCGUUCAAAACCACCACGAAACGGAACAGUUCAGAAUCACACCUCUGGUGUUUUUGUCAAAGAACAGGGAACGAAUGAAGGAAAACUGUUUACACAUUUAUUUUUGAACUCAAAGUCUCAGAUAUUUUUUUAUUUUGGUCACACUGACAGAAGAUAAUAUCUGCCUCGUGAGGGAGGCAACUUUUCCAACGCUGUGAGGUUUGCAUAAAGCCACAGAUGAAGGUUGACGUCGUGCAGACUGAAUCUCGCCAUGUCCGCCUGUUCGCCCUUUGGAACACUCCACUGUCCUCAUAAGCCUGUACGUGCUCACUGACAGCUUUGCCAUGUCCACACUGCCCUCGUACAGGUAUUAGUGAAAAACAAAAUGUUGCUUUUGUCACAAGUUUGCCUCAUUUUGGAGCAAAGCUAUGCUAAUUGCUCACAGAGAGUUAAGAUGUCAUUUGUGAACACAGUCCUUGCCACAGCUUGCUGUCCCUUCAGGAAUCUCGCCCUCCUUUCUCCGAGCAGGCGAAAGAGGUCAAAGCAAAGUUUUUUGUACACUACCCAUGUCUUUGUCUCUAUAUUGUCUCUUGUUAUUUAUAAUAUAUUCACUGGCAUCCUUUUUCAUUUACUGUGAGAAGAAACCGGAUGUCUCUAAACGGAUGAGGAAGAGGAUGAGCAUUUCCUUAUUUAUAGCUUAUUGUGUCAUUAUUGAUUUUUUUCAGAAUGAAUAUUGUAUCUACUUGGAAAUUUAGAAGAAAUUAUUUACACUGUUCAUACAACAUCAGAUACAUGUACACUGACAAUUCUCAUUCUUUAUGUCACAUUCUUUAAUAAUGUAAUUUAAUGCACAACAUUACUGUGAGACCCUUCGUUACGUGGGUGCAUAUCAAAAGAUCCAUGCACACUUGAGAUCUUGAGCAGGUUACCAAAGAAUAAAAUAGAAAAUAGCCACUCAUACAUUUCACUAAUGUUGCCUUAGUUUCUGCAGUUUUUCAACCUUCGCUGAACAAGACCAGGUCAUAUCACUACAUAGCGGCCAUCAAUUCACCCAAAUCGCUCUUUUUCUGUUUUUCAGGCUGAGUUUCUAGUCUGGCCUGUGACAUUAGUUCAAUCUGCAGCUCUCUCGUGUGCCUAAAAGAACUAAUUGAGGCUAGAUGAUGUGUAGAGGAAAUGACAGAUUGAAGCAUGUGUUAAUGCUAAAUAAGCUGCUUUGCUCAAUGAAGUUCUGAAUUGUUUCACUGCGACUCCCCUUUUCGCUUAUUGUUUGCCUGCCAAAUCAUUUCUACUUAUAUUUGUAUUAUAAAAUAAAGCAAUUUAC